AUGGCGGCGGCUGCGAGGCAGACCUCUUGGCUCGUGGCCUGGGGCCCCAGGCUGCGGCGCGGGCUCGCGGCGGGUCGACGCGGCGUGCCGAACCGGGGCACUUUGGCAGCGGCUGUGGCUGGAAUGGCCCUGGCAGGGGCCGGAGCGGCCUGGCAUCACGGCCGCGUGAGCGUGGCGGCGCGCGAGGGCAGCCUCCCCGCGUUCGCACAGAAAAGUGACUGUGAAGCAAUAGAAAAAGUGAGCCUUCGUAAACAGCGGUUUAUGCAGUUUUCUUCACUGGAACAUGAAGGAGAAUAUUAUAUGACACCAAGGGACUUCCUCUUCUCAGUAAUGUUUGAUCAAAUGGAACGUAAAACUUUAGUCAAAAAGCUAGCAAAAAAGGAUAUUGACGAUGUACUGGCAGGAAUCCAAACAGCUAGUUGUGGAUCAACUUUUUUUAGAGACCUUGGUGAUAAAGGGCUUAUUUCAUAUACUGAGUAUCUUUUCUUGCUUACAAUCCUCACUAAACCUCAUACAGGGUUUCAUGUUGCUUUUAAAAUGCUGGAUGCAGAUGGGAAUGAGAGGAUUGAGAAAAAGGAAUUUGUUAAGCUACAGAAGAUUAUAAGCAAACAAGAUGACUUCAAGACAAUGAAAACUAAUGAAACAGAAUGCGAGGAACCAACAGUGAAAGAACCUGAAAUGAAUACAACUCUUCAAAUGCGUUUCUUUGGGAAAAGAGGAGAAAGGAAACUUCAUUAUAAAGAAUUUCGAAGAUUUAUGGAAAAUUUACAAACAGAGGUUCAAGAAAUGGAAUUCCUGCAGUUUUCUAAAGGUUUGAGUUUCAUGAGAAAGGAAGACUUUGCAGAGUGGCUCCUUUUUUUCACUAACACUGAAAACAAAGAUAUUUAUUGGAAAAAUGUAAGAGAGAAGUUGUCAGCAGGAGAGAGCAUUAGUUUGGAUGAGUUCAAGUCAUUUUGCCAUUUUACAACUCACUUGGAAGAUUUCGCUAUCGCCAUGCAAAUGUUUAGCUUAGCUCAUCGUCCUGUUAGAAUGGCGGAGUUUAAGAGAGCUGUGAAGGUAGCAACAGGACAAGAGCUCUCCAACAACAUUUUGGACACCGUUUUCAAGAUCUUUGACUUGGAUGGUGAUGAAUGCCUGAGUCAUGGAGAGUUUCUUGGGGUGUUAAAAAACAGGAUGCAUCGAGGUUUAUGGGUGCCACAACAACAGAGUGUACAAGAAUACUGGAAAUGUGUGAAGAAGGAAAGCAUUAAAGGAGUAAAAGAAGUCUGGAAACAAGCUGGAAGAGGCCUUUUUUAAAGAGAUAAUGUAGCAGUUAUGUUAUUCCACAUGACAGGAAUUGGGGAUUGGUUUUUCAUAGUACAAGCAGCUUUUCUUAAAUCUUCAUUGACUCCCUUUAUAAUGUAAAGAUGCCUUCUGAUUUAAUACUCUGUUGAUAAAUUUCCAUUAAAUGACAAUAAAAGGAAAAGAGCAUAUUCAUUUACAAAAUAGAUUGGAUCCUGUCAGAUCUAUAUUGGAAGUAAUGUUUUGUGCUUUGGUAAGAUGGAAAGCAUAGUUACUCUCUGACUUCUUAGGUAAGAUCAGAUGUGCUUUCUGAAAGGUUGAAUAAAUGCUUGUGAGAAAAAGCAAUGGAUGUACAAUUCUAGAUAUUAUGUGGGUCUGAUAGAGUAAAUGAAGUUUCAGAUUUACUAAAAGUUGUUACCAUCUUUAUCAUCUCAGAAAUUUCUCAUGUUUUAUUUCAGUUAAUAGCUUAGCUAUGUCUUUGUUGUCUUUAAUGUAUGUCUCUACAUCUUAUCUGGAAGCAGAAUAAAGUAAUUACACAGA